AAGUGUUUUCAAGUGGCAACAUGGAGCCCAGGAGACUGCUACAAGCUAGUCUAGCUUUGUUAAUCCUUGUAACCAGCAGCUAUGGAGGACACUUAAACCCAGGGCUGACACUGAGAAUGGACCAGGCUUUGUUAACAUUUCAUAACAAGCUGACAGAAGAAGUGCAGGUCCUCUACACGUCAGAUUACUGCUACAAGUGUGUGUACCAGCAUUUGCUCACUGUGAAACCCAACAACAACAAUGCAUCUGCAGUGGUCAGCACUAAAUUCACUCUGACUCUGCAAGUGGAGUCCCAGACCAGGAAUGAAAGUCUUUGCAGGUGGAGUCAGACAUAUGGAGAAGGUGGUCAUUACUCUGUUUGGAUCCAGAUGUCCGAGGCCGCCAGCUGCACUGAGGCUGUGGAUAAAAGACCAAACAAUGCAUACUUGCCUCUUCUGGUGGCAGCUCUUUCACUGGCCGUAAUCGCUCUCUUAUUCGUUGUGGCACCCUACAUCUACAGGAGGCGUUGUACAUCAAAAUUUAUGAAGACCAUUUGCUGCCAAAGCCCAGAGUACCCAAUGGAUAAUGACAGCGCACAGGCUUGUGAAGCUGAGCACAAUACCGCUAAAGCUAAACCAACACGUCUGCGCUCACUGGACACUUUCCGAGGGUUUGCCCUGACAGUGAUGGUGUUUGUGAACUAUGGAGGAGGAGGGUACUGGUUCUUUCAGCAUGCACCAUGGAAUGGUCUAACUGUGGCAGAUCUUGUCAUGCCAUGGUUUGUGUUUAUUAUUGGGACUUCAGUGGUGUUGGCUUUCAGAUCCAUGCAGAGGAAAGGAGUUAGCCGCCUGCAGCUGCUGCGCAAAAUCUCCUGGAGAACAGUCGUCCUCCUGAUGCUCGGCUUCUGCUUCCUCAACUACUCUCCAAGAGACGGACCAUUGUCAUGGUCCUGGCUGAGGAUCCCUGGAGUGCUACAGCGUCUGGGCUUCACCUACUUUGUUCUCUCUCUUCUGCAGACUUUCUGGGGCCAGAAAGAAAUCUCUCUGAGAGUGAAUGACUGGUGGAACCCGGUCCAGGAUGUGGUCCCUUAUUGGUCCCAGUGGCUAAUUAUCAUCCUGCUGGAGACUCUGUGGCUCUGCAUCACUUUGCUCAUGCCUGUACCCAACUGCCCCACAGGAUAUUUGGGAGCUGGUGGAAUCGGUGAUCACGGUCUUUACCCAAACUGCACUGGAGGUGCAGCAGGAUACAUUGAUAGAUGGAUGUUUGGUGACAACAUGUACAGAUACCCCACAUGCAGAGAAAUGUAUCGCACCACGCAGCCCUUUGACCCAGAGGGGGUUCUGGGUACAAUUAACUCCAUUGUCAUGGGAUUCUUGGGGAUGCAGGCUGGGAAAAUUAUCAUUUUCUACAAGGGGAUGAACGCCCGCAUCCUCUGUCGAUUCCUAGUGUGGGCCGUCCUUCUGGGAAUCUCUGCAGCCAUCCUUUCUAAGUGCACACGAGACGGAGGAUUUAUACCUGUCAAUAAAAACCUUUGGUCGUUGUCUUAUGUGAUGUGUAUGGGAUGUUUCUCUUUUCUGCUGCUGGGAGGCAUGUACUUUGUCUGUGAUAUCAAGGGCUGGUGGGGCGGACAGCCAUUCAUAUACCCAGGGAUGAACUCUAUCUUUGUAUAUGUUGGACACUCUCUGCUGGGUUUCUACUUCCCGUUCAGCUGGGAGAUGCGCUUCCAGGAGAGCCACUGGGAGUGGCUAUUCCAAAGCCUGUGGGCAACUGCACUGUGGGUGUUCAUCGCUUACCUGCUGUACAGGAAGAAAUUCUUUCUCAAAAUAUAAACUAGGAUGAUCAUCUGUCACUUUUCAGUCUGUAGAUGCCAUUAUCUUGUGUUUUAGUUCUAAACAGACAGUAUUCAUGCUAAAUUAUAUAGAUUAUUAUAACAUCUGGUGGAGAUAUCUGGCCUCCUGUUCUUGGCUUAAUCAGUUUAGUUUACUUUUCAGUGUUGUACAGCCUACCAAUGUACAUUUCAGUGAAUCAAUGCUAAUAUCCAAGCCAUCUGAUAAAUCAUGCAGCUCAAACACAAGCUGCAGCACAGUGGCAAAAGUAUGAAAAUGUUAAUCCAUUAAACCCACCUAAUCACCA